UAUAAGUGCAAAAUUAAUUUUAUAUCGAGAAAAACCGUAAUCAAUAUAGUGGUAAUUUUCAACUUUAAACGCGAAUAUCUCGAAAACUAUAAGCUUCCUGCAGCUAUAACUAUAUAUAUUCUUGAUCUGGAGAAUAUUCUCUAUCUGACCAUACCGUCCUGGGACGGUAUACUAAAGCCGACCCUAUCCAUCCUAUAUUUGGAUACGUGCUUAAUAAAAAUCCUUCAAAAGGAAAAUUCAAUUCGCGCGAGUUAAUACCAGUAUCAACGACACUUAUACACAAGUAUAUGAGAAACGCUGAUAAAGCCAGUUCUGCCCUAAUCAAAUAAACAAUUGAUACUCUUGACUUUGAACUCAUACCACACCAUACCCGAAUGCGAGACAUGCAUAGGCCGCAUGAUAAGCACUUGUUUACAACAAAUAAUAAUAUUAGACUUUAGAUCUAAGCCACAAAACAUGAAUAUGUUAUCAGCUUACACUAUGUUCGGACCGACAAUGAAAACAUGUUUUCGUAGGAAAAACUGGUUUUCGCACGAAAACUUGUGUUUCCGUCCAUGUAAAAUCUGUCAAACGAAAACACAGUUUUCGCUGAAAACUUCUUGAAAACUUACAUUCCACUCAUUAUAAUCGGUGCCUGCUCUAGUUUAAUCGAUUUUUUUGGAAGACAUAUUUUGCCGGCCCUAAAUUGUCACUUGAUAUUUGUUUACAUUCCAUAUAAAAAUACAGCUGUCAAUUGAUAUUAAUUUCAAAAAUGGAAAAACAAAAAUAUAAGAAAAGAAGUUGUUGGAGUGAUAGGGCAGAAACCCUACUAAUUGAAUUGUGGCAGAGCAAAAUAAGUGCUUUUCGCGGUCUUAGGAAAAACAACCACAUAGUGGAGGAAAUGGCAAUGGAGUUGCAGUAACAAGGUGUGCAUUUCACGGCGAGUGAAAUAAAAUCAAAAAUGCACAAUCUUUCACAGAUAUAUAGGAAAGAGAAGACAGCAGUCGGGUCAACUGGCGGUUCUCCCUCGGAGUGGCCACUUUAUGAUAAAAUGAGAGCCGUACUGUUGCCGUACGUCAGCUACAACGCCGAGAGCUUUGUGGAGGAAAGUUUUCAAAGUUCUACUAACUCCGAACCACUCGAAAUUUCGGUGGAAACGGCUGCGUCUUCUACAUUCGUUGCUGCAUCUCCAUUAUCAUCACCGGUUUGCCUACCAUCGCCCUCAGCUAUGCCGAUGUCGCCAAGCGAUACUUCUUCGCUACCAGUACCGUCUCCCGAGCCGAGUGAUGCUAUUAAUAAAAGAAGGAAUCAUUUUCAGAGCAUAAUAUUAAAAAAAUUUGAACAAAUUGAAAAACAGCUCGAGAGAGCAAGUCAGCAAUCCAUUGAAACCAGCAAAGAAAUUAAGGACUUGACAAAAAAAAUGGUUGAAAAUGAUAAUAAAAAACCGAAAUGAUGGAACAAUAUAUAAAAGAUUCUAAAGAAACAA